AUGCAGCCUCCAUCUUACGCAGAGGCUGAAGCGGAGAUUCCAUCUCGAUCAGAAGGACGGUCUACUUUACUUGUUCAUUUGCAAGUAUGGCAUCACCAAAGCGAAUGCAGAAGCCUCAAAGAUAAUGCUGGGUUUGCCGCCCUCCUACGCAACCUCCCAGCCUGGGAAGUGAAUCCUCAAGAAGUAGACGGAAUCACAGGCCCGAGCUCACACGACCACUACGUUCCAGUCGAGGUGCAAUUUCGCCACCGGUUUUUGGCAUACGACGAUCCGGGUGAACGUCUCUUGGCGGACGUCCGAGAACUCUUCUACAAGGUGGUACCGCAGUUCAUAUACCAGUUCUUCAUCCAGAUCAGCAGUGUCCCCCGCAAUCUCAACAUCUUUCCCGUCGGGGUCCCAGACGAGUUCUUGUCGCGGUACACACAUGCGUAUAACCUGAUCCCACUUGGCAUCCGUGUCAAUACACUCUUCGUUCCAGUCCCGGCGAGACCGAAUGAUGCGCAGUCCUGGCUGCGUGAUGCCGCCAGCACGGCAGCCGAUGUGUUGGGGAUCCUCGCUGCGAUAGUUGUCGUCUACCUCGAGCACCAAGAGAACCAAGAUGGGGGCAACGAAAAUGACCGUGCAUUCUUUCAAUGUAUGGACCGGCAUGCCCCCUUCUUGAAUGUGCAUGUACCAGAACGGUUUCCCCAGUUGCAAAGAUUGUUCCACCAGUUCCGCCAAUUCGACAGGGAAUCCAUGGCUCAGCCGCCAGCUCAGAUCGCGACUAUGCCAGCAGCAUUGCAUGAGGCCACAGAUACCUAUCUACGCCUCGCCAACCGCAUGGAGAGCAGGCUGAAAAGUCUGGAGAACAGCCAGAAUCUUUAUGAGCUUGUCCACGAUUCCCAUACCGCUGUGGUCAUGUUCUCUGCCCUGCAACAAGCAGUGCGGCCUCUGGUCAGAGGUCUCGAACAAGGUUACCAUACGGAGACAGAGAGGUACCGGAGUGGCCAAGUCAAGUACGGCGCCUGCGGCGCGGUUGCCCGCAUCACCGUAGCGGUUGCUGCCGGCCUUUUCUUCUCGAACCCUGCUGGCUGGCUGGCGGUCGGUGCCGGUGCCGGUUUCCUAGGAGGGGUGGGUGUCGGCGUUGGGAUACGCUACGUGAUCGAUGCAGAAGGCAGGAAGGCAUUCGGAAAGCUGGAAGGGAUACGAGAGUUUGACAUCGCCGUCAAGCAGCUGAAAGAAAGUGCCAUUCAAGCGCAAGCAACCGUUGCGAUGGUGUUCAGUGCCCAGGUCAUGCGAAAGCGGCUGGACGAAACCUUGCCGGAGCAUGGCAGGAGAGCUAUUCUCGCGUCGUUCGGCGUUGAUGUGGAUGUCUUGUCUAAUUCCAUUUACCGUGAAGAGAUCCUCUGCGACCGGCUAGGAACCUUUCGCAAGCAUAAUGGCGAUCUGCGCACCACGCGGGAGAAGUUGCCUUCUCACAAGAAGUAUCUCAAAGAUCUACUGGCUCUACAAGUCGGCAAUUCCCAUCAUAUAUUCAAGGAUCACAAGUAUGUCAGUGACCGUUUGAUGAGAGCUCUCUGCCUGCCCGCACUCGCCAGGAGUACAUCAAUACCAGAUGACUUUGAGCAGUGUGUUCAAGCGGAAGCCACUAUACUUGAGGAAGAGGAUGAUGAGAAGCUGGAUGAACUGGAGAAGUACUUUGCCCUACAGAGGCAGGCCAACUGUAAUCAUGUUGAGUGGUGGUACAAUGUAUAA